AUCAUCAACCCCCCACCCCCUCUUCCUUUGCACACGGCACGUAGAGAGCGAAGGGGGCGGGACAAGGCGUCGCUCCGCGUAGGAGAGAAGAGUGUGGAGUGACUACCCUUUUGACCAGUAAACGACAAAAGCGGUCGUACAGGAGGCGGUAUCAACUGAAUAACAGCACUUUGAACCAAUCGGGAAGAAGGAGAGUUUCCCGCCCAUAUUGUCUCCCCCUCCCCUGCUUGUUUGUUUGCGCGGAGAGAGAAAAAUGGAGGUGGCGGCCUGCGCGGAGGGGGGGGGUCUUUCCCUCAUAUUCGAGGCGAGCGCUCGGUGGGUCUCUAGCCUGCGGACCUCAUUAAGUCUCGCCAUAAGACAAUCGCGCCUUCUAUUUCGUCUGAAAACGGAAGACAUCAGGGGGAGGCGCUUCCCCUCCCCCCCCCCCCGCCAAACUGCACAAACAAGGCGAAAAGGUUCCCCUGACGCAGGAGGGAGACCGCGCGGGCGCCUGGCAGAGCCCCUCGCAAAGGUCUCUCUUGUCGGCCGCCCUGCGAUCCUCGGUUGGAUGAAGGGCAGAGUAGAGAUGUAGCAGCAGCAGCAGCUGCUCCCCCUGCCGCGCCUUCUUUCGUGGAAGGAAGCCCCACCAAGGUCCUGCUGAGGAAACGGCGCUCUUUGCGCCAGAGACUUACUCCCAGGAAAAUGCGCAACGCAUUGCAUCCUUGCUAGCUAUCCUGCCCUUCUAUACAUACACAUGCUUGGUGGGGCAUCCUGUCAGCUGAAAAAGUAUCUGGUCGGUUUAUUACAGGAAUAAUAAUAGGGCGGCACGUGUGCUUCUCCCCAUUUAUUCCCACAACAACCCUGUGAGGUAGGUUAGGCAGAGAGCAAGUGGCCCAAUUACAAUGAGGUUCAUGGCUAGUAGGGUGGCUCAUAAUUUUUUUUAUUUUUUUUAAAAAAUGUCUGCUGCAAAGGUCUUGCUACAAUAGGUAUUAUAUAGCUAUAUCUAAAAUUUCAUAUCAGUUAAUAUAUUGACCUUCCAUUGAAUUGAAAUUUCAGCCUUCAUGACAUAGGAAAACGGCCAAGUAAAUAGCUAUUUUCAUCACUUUAUGACCAAUUCAGCUUUAUUUUGUAGGAAUUGCAUUUUUUAAGAACAAGAUGCUGAAUAUGAUUUCCUUUAUCCCAGCUAUUUUCAAUAUAUGUUUUUCUCUUAUUAUAUCUCAAAAUAUUAAUAUUCUGUCUUGUUCACAGGUGUGCAACUCUAAUAUUUUGAUUGAAGAGUCUGAGGACAGUCUGUAUUAAGUGAAAGACAUUUAAGGAGUGAGAGCAAUAGACUAUUAGAUAAUGGCAGCUUCACCAUCAAUAGCCACAAGAAUAUCUACAGAUCAACUGGCGUUUGGUCAGCCGGCCGAUUUGCCUGUGAGCGUACUUCCAACAGAAUUGGAUAUUGCUAGGUGCUUCUUGCAUGAGAAACAAAAAUGGAUGAUUGAAAACUCUGCAAAAAAGGAACCAGACAAUUCUAUUAUUGCAGAGAUUGUUGUGUCGAAAGUUGAAAGUGUUUACAAACGUGCAUCCAUACCAACAGUCCGAAAAGACACAAUUAAGGCCCGUGUUCUGAAAGUGUAUGAAAAGCGUCAAAGCAUAAUCAGAAUACCAGCUGCCAGGAGGUAUAAGAAUCCAAAGUGUCCAAAUCCCUAUGAUCUUUCAGACUUCUUCAAAAAUAAGAAAGAUGUGUUUCUGAAAGGAAUUUCCUGUUUGUUCGAAGUUGUUGACAAUGAGAAUGUGCCAAAGAUAGAGAGUGAAUUUCUCAAAGAUCAGCGAUCCGUUCGGAAGAUGACCAUAAGUAGUACAGUGGAUAAAGGCUACCAGGAAACAACAGCAGAAAGAGUUAAGUAAGAAAGCAGAGGGAACCAGGGCUGCACAGGAAUGACAACAACGAGAAUCUCACUUUCAGAUUGUUGCUGCUGAUAAUGUUGAUAUUGUUGAUACUGGUGACUGUGGUGAAGAUACAGUUGAAACAAUAGAGGAAGAUAUUUGUCCUGCAAAUAAUUCAGACUUAUUUUUUAAGACUUAUUAAGACCUAAAUUUAAGUGUCACACAUAAAUGGUGGAGAGAGCUGUCAAGGAGGUGACAAAAGCAAGCCAGAAUGUAGUUGGUAUGAAGUGAUGUGAUGCAACUAUAAAGACAUCAAUGGAGAAUUGGGCCAAAUACCCGAAACAGGAAUCGAAGGAUUUUGUCCAAAAAUAGUUCACAUUCACAGCUUUAUUUUUUAAUUUGUUCUUGAAGUAAUGUAUAAGUAACCUUACAUGUCAUUAUUAGUAUUACGUUAUGUCAUAAUAAAAGUUGGUAUUCAAUAUUCACGUAUCCAGUUGCUUAAAUGUAGAAAUAAUAAUGUUGUAGGAUCGUAUGAGUCACAUUUGGAUUUAAACGUCAAUACUAUCAUCAUUAAAAGGGUUUUUUUAAUAAAAAAAAAGUACUGGUGUUGUAUCAAUUUGUAUUCUGCAUCUUUUAUUGUUCUUUUAAGAAAUGCAAUUCCUGCAAAAUAAAGCUGAAUUGGUAAUAAAGUGAUG